CUAAAUGAAAUUGUGGUUCGUGCCACGGUUGUAGUGUGUUGUCGAAUGGACGUAUAAUAUCUGUGUUCAAUGACUCAGUGACAGUGUGUUGUCCAAUGAUAAUCUGUAUAGAUGCUCUAGAUCUAAAAGGGUUUUAUGUUACAGUGUUAGAGUGUAGUGAGGCCAGUGUCAGAGUGGUAGUGUGUUGUCCAAGGGAUCUUUCAAUUAAAUUUAUGUGUUUAAGGUCAUAGCUGUAGUUGUAGUGUGUUGUCCAACGGAUAUAUCGCUAUGUGUUAAAUGUCAUAGUGGUAGCUUAUAGUCAAAACGGAUCUCUUUUUUAAAAAUAUGUGUUCAAUGUCACAACGGUAGUGUGUUGACAUGAGUGCAAAGUGAGAUCAGGUAUGCUCUACUGGCAUAGCCAACAAUCUAGGUCAGCAGUGUUGCAAUCUGAACUACACAUUUACCGGUAAGUUGGCCUACCUUAAACAAAAAAAAUCAACACCAAAGAAAUGUAUACGUUAAAUGAUUUGUUCCUUGCUGUUCAUUUGUGAUCAUUAAGAUUUAGUAUUUUCAUUACAAAAUGGACUAACAUUUUAGUUAAUUUGGUGGAUUAAUGAUUUUUGUGCCGUUGCUCUGAAAACUCGACUACCUAACGGUGGGGGCUGACUCUCCCAAAGCAAACGCUUGACUGAACACAAAACUAGUGCCUGUAACUGUAAUUCUCGACUCUGAACUAGAGAGAACCGUGAAGAGAGAAAAAAAUAGGCCUUAGAUUAGCUAUGCCUUUUUCUCGUUCCUGUAAGUGUACGUUUCUGUUUAAGCGCACACGAACAGACAUUACUUCUACUGAUGUAAAGUAAACAAUUGAUGUUGCUAGCAUAAUAAGGUCGCAAUACAAUACCCAUGGGAAGCUAAGCCAAAACACGUUCACCGGCUGGGCAUGAUUGAAUGUGUACACCGCCUGCCCAACCAUUUGGCUUGGAUACUUAAUUCAGAUAGGCCUACUAAUACUGACAGUGAUAUAAAUAACUGGAUGGGGGUAGUUUUAAAAGGCCUAUGAAUUCAGUACUUACUGCAGAUAGGCCUACUAAUACUUAAAGUCAUAUAAAUUACUGGAUGGGGGUAGUUUUGAAAGGCCUAAGCCUAAGGCCUCUAUGAAUUUUUAAGAACCAUAACUUCCGUAUUUUAAUCCAGAUCAUUGUUAACUAAAAAGACGAAGUUAAAAAUCCAAGUUAUCGUGAAUAAUAUCUAGUUAAAAAUGAGGUUUAUAGAGCUCUAAAUUCAUUUUAAGGGCUCAAAUGAAUUUUGUAAAAAAAGAUAAUGUUUAAGUCAAGUAAAAAAGUAAUAAAUUGUAAAAAAAGGAAAUUGAAAUUUUUUUAUGGGUCCAAUCCAGAAAUGACGUCACGCUUACCCCCCCCCCCUUUUCUCCCCUUUUCCAAUAAUCACAAGUGUGUAAACACAAAAUAUAUACUUUUAUUAAACUCUGUCCGAGAUAAGUGCACCUCACACCCUUCUAGACCCGUGACGUUGCUGACACAGAUUAUUACUGGUUAGGUAUUAGCGGGUGUGUGUAUAUCUUCGUCGUUUACGAUGGCCUCAUUCGUCUCUGACAAAAUUAAAGUCUUCCACAGCAUGAUAUCUCUACAAUAGUAGGCACUAACAAAAUGAUAUCUCUACAAAGAUAGUCUCUGACAAAAUUAAAGUCUUCCACAGCAUGAUAUCUCUACAAUAGUAGGCACUAACAAAAUGAUAUCUCUACAAAGAUCGUCUCUAACUGAACUCUGCUAAAAAAAAUUAUUUGAAAUAUUACGUUCUUCGCCCCACCUUUACUGGCUGAUGUCAUACUCACUAUUAAUAAAACAUUGUAGUAGAAUAGCACUUUAUAUAUUCAUGAAUGUGUUUUAAAUUAUUUCUUUUAGGUUAUGAUUUGUGGAUAACAAUUUUUUCUUGGUAUUUCCCUUUUAUUUUAUUUUUAAAUGCACAGUUCCCAUGAAUAAUAUUUAGGAAUAAAGUUUUAAUGAAUGUUAUUGAAAUUUAAAUGAAAAAUCUGAAUGAAUUGUUGACCACAAAGCAGAGCUUGUUAAAAUAAAACUCUUUCGUAGGAAAUGUAUAAUUCAGUGGUUCUCAACCUUCCUAAUGUCGCGACCUUUUAAUACAGUUCUUCAUGUUGUGGCAACACCGUGGGCCGGCGCUAGUAGGGUGCGGGGCCUUGGGCUAAUUGAAUUUUGCGGUGCCGUUGACGUUAUAUAUUCUGCCGAUAAGAAAUUUAUAGUAUAAAAUUCCCUAAUUAUCCCCUUUCAUCUGCUUAACAUGCACAGGCUGAGAACCGCUCGUAUAAUUCAAUGAGAAACUCAACUAAUUCUUGAACUUAUGCAACCUGAGUGAAUAUUUUAAGUUAACUCAAAAUCAGUUGAACAAAAUGCGUUACUUGUAUAACUAAUAUUUGGAUUAAAGAAUUCUUCGGGAUAUACUCGCACAAAUACUUUGCUAAGUAAACCGUUUUACACGAUUUCCCCGUGCGUGAACUUUGAUUGACCUUAAAUUAGAUUCUUAAGCAGACGCUCGCUUCAUAGAUAGGCGGGGCUAGUUCUUUUGAUAUAUCGUGUUUACCAAUUAAACAUGGUUAGACUGUCUCCUAGUAUCUUUCCGAAUGAUCUCAAUUUGUUCUAGAAAUGUAAACACAUGCUGAGUAGCUUCUGGAAGGCAGGGCUUACGCGUCGGUAGACCCACAUAUAUAAAGGAUAGACAGGCACAGGGAGAGACAGAGAUUCAGAUAUAUAUUAUUAACUUUACGAGGCGUGUAUUAUUCUUUGUGUAUUUAUAUGUGUUCAUUCGCAUUCUUCAUUCAUCAAUAUUCAUUGGCACAUUGUACUAACUGUGUUAACUGUGUACCGGUACAACAUAUACCAUACUGUCAGUUGAUGAUUUAUAAUUAUAUUUAUUUUUUUUUUGUUAUUGUUUUAUUACUAAAUUGAAUCAUAUUAAUUGUAACUUGCAACUGUCUCGGUUGUCGUAUCUUUAAUAAUGUUGACUCUAUGAUAUCGUCCUUUGUUAGGCACUGUUGCCAACGAGCCAAUACAAUUAAAAUUGGAGAUUAAUUUCUCAUAUUAGAGGCGAGUGCGUAACAUAUUUAUUGAGGCUGUCUCUUAUUUUCCUCACCAGGAAAUGUAUCCCCACAAAAAUGUAACGUCCACAGCCAAACUUUAAGCCGGGGACUAAAAUGUACAGGUUGAGAUCAGCUUUAAGUAUACUUCCAUUGAUAACCUUGAUAGCUGCUGGUAGGUUCAAAUGAUUUGCAUGGUCCAAUAACGUAAUAAUAUUUCAAGCCGUUUUAAAAUGUAAUUACUAGAUUUCUAUCGCUCCUGAAAUUAGUUCUUAAAAAAAAUAUUAAAAAAUAAAUAAAUAAAAAAACCUCUUGAUAUGUUUAAAUCAUUUAAAUAAAUUUGCUGUUGUUCAUGGCAGACUGGGUGUCAGACUGGGUGGCAGACUGGGUGGCAUACUUGCAAAUAUCUACGAAAGGCUAAUUGACCCACUUCCCAUCUUAUCAAGCUAAAACUUGGCACAUAAUCUUGUUUCCGACAACCAAACAUUCUCUUACAUUUUCAGCCCAAUAACGCCCCACCCAAAAAAAAAAAAAAAAUAACACAAAAAAACCCCACUCUUUUCAUGGAUAAGAUCAAGGAAAUAUGGUGACACGUGUAUCACGACAUAAAAUUAUCAAUAACUACGCUAAAUGAGAUUAGGUUUUUAAAAAAUAUCGCAAGUACGUUUGUUGCGUAAUAUUUUCUUUUGUUUUUAUAAAAUACUUGAUGAAAUAAAUCUACGAUGUAAAAGUGGUGGGGGGUCAGGAAGAUGGAAGGGGGUUAUCAUAAUGUUAAUAUAGUUCUUGUGCGUGAAAAAAUAUGUGGUUACGAGCCUUGGGGGGGGGGGGACACUAAAUGGGAUUCUUAUUAUGUGCGUUACUUGUAUGCGUGUUAUGUCAAUUUUUCAACCUCAUCCCCAUUGCUCGAUAUUACAUUUGAUAAAAUAUUUAAAUGAAAAACUAUGUUUUAAGGUUUGCUUAUUAUCUUUCUUUACAUACUAGUUGCGUCAUUUUGUUUUAGCUUGUCCCCCCGGGCAAUGGGGUGGUGACUGCACACAAGACUGCCCGCUUCAGUGUCUUAACGUUUCCUGUGACAGUGCAACAGGAAUCUGCCUGGACGGCUGCAAUGCUGGAUAUGUCGGUGCUUCAUGUGACAAAGGUCAGCAUGGUGAACAUAACUUCAUGCUAUAAAAUAGACUGGUUACAUUUUUUUUUUAAAUUUUAAAACAAACGUGUGCAUACUCUGGAAGCUAUUCGUCUAUCAUUCGUUUAUUGUGUACACUAUUGGUCAUCCAUUCCUAUAUUAUUAAUGGUAUUUUUAUAUUAAACAUAUAACUUAGAUGUGAUCAUAUUCAUAAUAUGAGUGAAAUUAAAAAUCAUUUAGUAUAUUGAUGAUAGGGAAAAUGUUCAAUAUAAAAACACAUUUUUGUCUUAAAAUAUGCAAAUAUUGAAGAAACAGAUGGCAUGCACACAUUCGUUUUUUGUUUUUAUCUAUGAGAAAUAUUGAUUUUACUACCAGAAAGUAAUAAUUUCAUGGCAAACAUAAAUAAAUAGUAAAUGAAAUACUAAAAGAGAUGAAAAUAAAAAUAGAAAACCAGGAAUUUUAAAAAAUUGUGUUUUAUAUUUUAAUGUAUUUUUUUUUUAAUAGUACAUUAUUUGGGGGGGGGGCGGGGGUACUACCGUUGUUUUACAAAUAAAAAUCAUAUGCACACCGUAUGCUGCAACUUGAUAUGCUUGUGUGUGUGUGUAUGUAAUGAUACACACAGCAAUAAAACGUUGACGAAAAAAGUUUGAAACGGAAAGAAAUUGUAAAACAACCUUGAAGAGUAUAUAAACUUAGCGAAGUGAAUCGAGGAAUGAAAGUGAAGCAAAGACUUGAAUAGGGAAUUAGAACAUAUUUAAGUGGAAGUUCAUUGGCUCUCAACGAACAGUGGGCGGAGAAUGCGUGUAUGUAAAUCAAGUAACGACUUAAUGUUAUACCAGGUGAUGUCAGUUUAACAAAACGCCAUUUAUGUUUCUCUCGAUCCAGAUCCUUGUAGCCGUAUAGGGGGGAAGGGGAAGGAUAGAAAUACCGUUAAGGACACAUGAGAAGUGUUUUGGGGGGAGUUGCGGGGCAUUUUAUUUUUUUCUCAAUGUGGCGAAGGUGUUCCGAAAAUGUAGUAGAUAUAUGUAGUGUAAUUAAUGGUUGAAUUUACCACGCCGCUAGACUACUGUAUUGUGUGAAUGAAGUGGCGUGGCUAGGAUUUGUGCCGCCUGGGGCGGUGCCAAAAUAUCGCCCCCCCCCCUCAAAGUGUAAAACUGUGCCGUUUGCCGAAUAUGUCGAAGACGAGUGGGCCGUCCCCCUCCUACGCUUCUGCGGGCAGUAUGGCGUUACGACUGAUGGUUGAGAUAUAUCCCAUAUGUCAAGCUUUGGGAAGUUAAUUUUUGGUUGAUUUAUUGAAAAACAAAAUGGCUGGGGGUUGCUAGGCUAAUAGGUUUGUGGUAACUAGGCUUGUAGGUUGAUGGUAACUAGGCUUAUAGGUUGGUGGUAACUAGGCUUUUAAGUUGGAGGUAACUAGGCUUAUAGAUUGGGGUUAAGUAGGCGUAUAGGUGAGUGGUAACUAGGCUUAUAGAUUGGUGUUAAGUAGGCGUAUAGGUGAGUGGUAACUAGGCUUAUAAAUUGGUGGUAACUAGGCUUAUAAGUUGGUUUAUGGAUUGGUGGUAACAAGGCUUAUAGUUUGAUGGAAACUAGCCUUAUAGGUGAGUGGUAACUAGACGUAUGGGGGAGUGAUAACUAGGCUUAUGGGUGAGUGGUAACUAGGCUUAUAGGUGAGUGGUAACUAGGCUUAUAAGUGAGUGGUAACUAGGCUUAUAGGUGAGUGGUUACUAGGCUUAUAGGUGAGUAGUAACUAGGCUUAUAGGUGAGUGGUAACUAGGCUUAUAAGUGAGUGGUAACUAGGCUUAUCGGUGAGUGGUAACUAGGCUUAUAGGAGAGUGGUAACUAGGUUUACAGGUGAGUGGUAACUAGGCUUAUAUGUGAGUGAUAACUAGACUUAAAGAUGAGUGUUAACUAGGCUUAUAGGGGACUGGUAACUAGGCUUAUAGGGGAGUUUUAACUAGGCUUGUAGGUUGAUUCUAACUAGGAUUACAGGUGGGUGCUGAGUAGGCUUACAUGUAGCUGGUAACUAGGCUUAUAAGUUGAUGCUAACUAGGAUUACAGGUGGGUGCUGAGUAGGCUUACAUGUAGCUGGUAACUAGGCUUAUAAGUUGAUGCUAACUAGGAUUACAGGUGGGUGCUAAGUAGGCUUACAUGUAGCUGGUAACUAGGCUUAUAUUUAAAACAAAAGUUUACUCAGAACAUCCCAUUUAUCGAUAGAUCAUUGAUGUUCUCUAGCAAAACAGAUGAUAUUUGAAGUGAACGAUUUCUCAGCCCUUGAUUAGCUUGCACGUAUUUUGUGUUCAAUCUGGUCGUGCAAUACUUGACCACACUUUUGAAAAUAAUAUUUGUGAUAGUAAUUUGGGUAUUGAUGAAUAGUACUUGUUUUUGUAUUUUUUGUUUUGUUUUUUGUUUUGUUUCAAUGCGUAUCUGAAAUGUAUUUUUCUCGUGCCUUACCUGCAGACAUAGACAGCAAAAGGUCACCGUCCCACCCCAUUCCCGCUGCUGUAGCCACCCCUAUUAUCAUUGCUCUCAUCAUAACGCUGUUGAUCAUUGCUGACGUUACAUACUGGAGGUAAGGGUGUUUAUUUUGACUCUAAGUUUAUUCUAUGCGACUUCCCACCGGUCAUGGUCCUGAAGUUUCCUUAGUUCUUUAAAUGUUCCACAUUUACUGUUCUCAAUGUCUCGUCCACCCUUUGUUUGUGACACAUGCAAAGGGAAAGUUGCUUGAAAUAUAUAAGAAAUUAAGCAACGAAUCCAACGUAUAGGCCAACACGUUUUCUAGAUACUACGGGACAUAACCAAUUUAAGAUUUUUAAAAUUAAAAUUGUAUCAGUGAAUUUUUUGUGACAUUCUAAUUAAAUUCUUAUGAUCUACUCGAGCCAUGAUUUUAUUUAUUUUACUUAAGACACAAGAACCAUCAAAAUAUUAGGAUUUAUUAAAAGCAUUAAGUAACAACGUUUAGAUGUUUGUAUUUCAUUUUAUUAACUUGAAAAAAAAACUAUUUAAAAUAUCUGUCGCUAAUUGUGUUACAUAAAUUAAGUAAAAUUUUAGAUAAUUUGUGAUUAUUUGAAAUUAUUAAUUAAUUUGUUUAAAUGUGAUUUAAAACUGUAUAAAUGAUAAUAAGGGGAAAGAGAAUUCAAUCAAGGAUUUAAUUAGAAGGAAAUGUCUGAACCAAGAUUUGGGAAAACCUAUGAAAAAAUUGUCUUGUUUUAUUGGGCCCUUUUCCCCGGGUUUUACCAAACCUUCUUUAAUAACUUUUCCUGUAGAAACAAUCCCACCUUUACUAUUUAUUAACUUACACCACCUUGACAUUUUUUAAGUACAUUAGUAGUCAUUAGUCAACUACAUUUCAAGAUGCGCUUUUUUCCAUGCCACUUUCAUUUCCUCUAGACGACGCCGAAGAAACGAAAGAAAAGCAGGCGAUAAAGCAUCUUUAGAGGCCAAGGGAUAUUAAAGAAAUUGGUUUGGUGUAUAUAAUAUUUCUUAGUAUCUUUGGAAUCAAAUCCUAAUUAAAUUUCAAUGUACAUACCCAUGGGCCCCAUUAAUGCGUAAGGAUUUCAUUGAAGUUAUCUUACAUCCGCCAUAACCUACAAGCAUGAGAUCAAAUGGAUGCCUUUGUGUUUCAUCUACAAAUAUUCUUAGAUAAUUACGUUAGAUGGUGUAUGCAUUAUAUUGUAAUUUAUUUAAUUUAUCUUGGUAUCAACAAAAACUAAAUGAACAUUUAUCAAAAUGUAUUCAAUUGUGUAUAUGUAUGUGGAUAGAAGAUAAUGUGAAAAGAUCACAGAGAAAAAUAUAAAAUAAUAUGCAUAUGUUCAUGAUUUAUUGCUAAAGUAUCAUAUCGUUAUAAUGUUAACUUGUCAAUAAAUAAACCAUAGUGACCAUUAGAUUCUAGACUUUUCAUUUAUGUCAUUCUGUCUGUUAACUAACUGUUACAUUAAAAUAGGAACAUAUGGUAGAUUAAAAAAAUUCAUAUCCCCCUA